UUCACUACGGUGGCGAGUCUGUAUGACGUAAUAGCUCAGACGUUUCAGGAAGGUUGCUGUCAGAUACAUUGGAGUGAUUUUGUGGUGCGUAAGAAAGGUGAUUUAUCUAUCACAAGGAGAAAACAACACGCACAGUAGCUAAAAGAGAGGCUCAUUUUUAAUUAGCUUUGCCAUAAUGUUGGUGACAAGGCUAGCGUGUUUGCACAGUAUACCAGCCCUUGGUCUGCGCUCUGCAUUGAUCCAGGCAUCCCCAGCUCUAAGAAGUUUCGGCCUGAAGACCAGUCCGCCUCUAAAGCAGUUCAACCAGGGAUACGCCACCAAAGCUCGAUUUGGUUUCCGGCAUGGUAAAACGGCUAAAGAAGCAAUCAAAGAGGCAGCUUUGAAGCCAGCGAUGGAAACUGCAAUUAAAUUUGAUAACAUGGGAAGAGUGGUCCUUGCUGGAGGAGCUGUAGUUGGUCUUGGGGCUUUAUGUUACUAUGGGUUGGGGAUGUCAAAUGAAAUUGGUGCCAUUGAAAAAGCUGUUAUCUGGCCUCAGUAUGUGAAAGACAGAAUCCACUCUACAUACAUGUACUUUGCAGGAAGUGUAGGGAUGACGGCAUUGUCUGCUGUAGCAGUCAGCAGAUCACCAAUGCUUAUGAACCUGAUGAUGAGGGGCUCUUGGCUGGCUAUAGGUGCAACAUUUGCAGCCAUGAUAGGGGCAGGAAUGUUAGUCAGGUCAAUAUCAUAUGACCAGAGCCCAGGUCCCAAACACCUUGCCUGGAUGUUGUAUGCAGGUGUAAUGGGUGCCGUGGUGGCUCCAGUGACUCUUCUGGGGGGUCCUCUGCUGAUCCGUGCUGCCUGGUACACCGCUGGUAUUGUGGGAGGUCUUUCUACUGUGGCAAUGUGUGCCCCUAGUGAGAAGUUCCUAAGCAUGGGAGGUCCAUUAGCUGUGGGAUUGGGGCUGGUUUUUGCUUCAUCAAUUGGAUCAAUGUUCCUGCCUCCUACUUCAGCUUUUGGAGCAGGUCUCUACUCUGUAGCUAUUUAUGGUGGUCUGAUCCUGUUUGGCAUGUUUCUGUUGUACGACACACAGAAAGUAAUCAGACGUGCCGAAUCUUACCCUGUCUAUGGAGUACAGAAAUAUGAUCCCAUCAAUUCAUGUCUGGGAAUUUACACUGACACACUGAACAUCUUCAUCAGAGUGGUCACCAUUCUUGCAAAUGGUGGCGGCAGCAAACGGAAAUGAGACCACGUGACUUCCUUUUUUUUUUUUUGGGACUAAUUCAUGGAAAGUGUGCUGUAACUUAAUCUUACUGGAAUGAUCGCAUGCAUUUGGAAGACCGAUUUUAGUUUUGUAACUUUCUUUGUUAGAAAUACAGGAUAAUAAAAUAUGUGUUACCCUCCACUUCUCUAAGUAUAUCUUCAUCUGCUGUUAACUGUUUGUUUAAAAUCCCGUUUCUGAUUUAUGACUAGGAUGUCUUCUUUAAUGGGAAGUUUACACUAAAGCAAAAUCUUUAGUACGACGGAACCUGUUGAUGCAACCUGGUGAUUAGAUCUUGUAGUUAAACUAGAGUUAAUCGUUCUUGUUAAUUGCAGCCAUUAAAACUAUAAACACAUUAUAGUGUUACUUUCUUUGUGGAAACUUUUGUGAGUUUUUCAUUUUAGCCCAGAAAGUGUGUACAAUAUGUUUUGUUUUGCAAAUCUUCAAAUGUUUAAGCAUGACAAUUGUGAGAGUGAGUCACUGUUACUCCGUUAUUUAUUAGAGCAAAUUUUGAUUACUGGCCUAUCAAUAUUGUAUGCUUUUACUAAUAUUAAAAAUGUGUUUAGAAUUGAAGGGGGUUUUCAGUGUUGUGGCACAAUGUUCAAAUGCCAUGGCAAGGCAGAAUAAAAAAAUAAGGACUUCAGCUGAUUUUUUAUUUUUUUUGGUUUACUUCAGCUAAUAGUUUAUGAUUUGUAUUGGGCUUUGCAUUGCUGAGCAGGAUUAUAAUGAUGUUUUAUAUGACUGCCCCAACUUCAACUGCCUGUAAUAACAAAAAAUAAAAUAAAUAAAUAUAUAUACACA